AUGGUGGUUCAAGAUGUUGAUAUAAAUUAUUUGGCUGCUAGUGGUCUUGAUUUAACAAAAAUGUGCAAACAAGCUUGUUUAUUAGCUACAAGAGAUACAACAACAAUGAAUUCUGAUCAACCAGCACCAGUACCAGAAAUUCGUCGUGAAGAUUUUGAAGAAGCUAUGAAAUCUGCUCGACGAUCAGUUAGUGAUAAACAGAUACGUAAAUAUGAAUUAUUAGGUAUAUUUCUUUUCUAUCGGAUAUUAAAAACUGGUAAAGAUUCACGUUUUGAUCAUAUGCGAAAUUCUCCAUUUAAAUUAUUUAUUACUUGGAUGAUGCAAGAUAUUUGGGUAAUUAUGACACUUUUACCAACAUUUUAUCUUAAUCAAAAACAAAUUGAUAAACCAUUAAUAAAAACUGAUUAUAUUGGUUGGAGUAUUUGGCUAUUUGCUUUUAUUUUUGAAAUUAUAGCUGAUAAACAAAAAAUGUCAUUUAAAAAUAAUCCAAAUAAUAAAAGUAAAUUUAUUGAUAUAGGACUUUGGAAAUAUUCUAGACAUCCAAAUUAUUUUGGUGAAAUAUCUACAUGGUUAGGUCUUUAUAUAUCAUCAUCACAUAUACUUGUUGGAUAUGAACGUUUAUUUCAAAUAUUUUCACCAAUAUUUGUAACAUUAAUCAUUUCAUUUUUAACUGGUAUAACAAUAUUAGAAAAACAAGCUAUGAAAAUAUAUGGAAACGAUCCAACUUAUCAUAUUUAUCGAAAGCAAACACCAGUUCUUAUUCCGUUUAUUAAUUUUCCAUGA